GGGCUGGGCAGAUCCCAACGCGCUCUCAGCCUUCUCCCUUUCGCGCGUGCUGCGCUGUCAACAACCCGCCGUGUGGUCGCAAAUUCAUCCUCGCCCUCCACCAUGCUGUCCGUCCGCGCGCUCAGCUUCAUCGCGGCCAUCGCGGCACUUCUCUUCCCUAUUUACACCUACCUGGAGGCCAAUCUCGAGUCCUUUUAUGUCUUCGACACGGCGGAGCUGCACGGCCUCUCCAAGCGCGCCAUUGAGGCGCAUGGCAACGACACGAGGGCCAUUGUGAGCUACAUUGUGGGCGAGCUGUCGCAGAAGGACGGCGUGCACCCGUAUGUGAACCUCGACGAGGAAUGGGUCUUCAACAACGCCGGCGGCGCAAUGGGUGCCAUGUACAUCAUCCAUGCUAGCAUUACCGAGUACCUUAUUAUCUUUGGUACCGCUAUCGGCACUGAGGGCCACACCGGCCGCCACACGGCCGACGACUACUUCCACAUCCUGACCGGUACCCAACUUGCCUAUGUCCCUGGCGAGUACGAGCCCGAGGUCUACCCUCCCGGCAGUGUUCACCACCUCCACCGUGGCACCGUCAAGCAGUACAAGAUGGAUAGCUCCUGCUUCGCACUGGAGUACGCCAGGGGCUGGAUCCCGCCCAUGCUGGGCUUCGGCUACGCCGACACAUUUACCAGCACGCUGGACUUCCCGACAUUGUGGGCGACUACAAGGAUUACGGGUAGGGAGAUGAUCAUGAAUCUCUUCAGGGGAAAGAUUUAAGGCAGUUAUGGGCAUAAUUCUGGAUUGUAUAAGGCUGAAGCGAGCAGCUCGCGAAGCUCUCGCACGGAACAUACGGACAUGAUUGCGCGUGCAGUUUGGAAAACGGUGGGGGAGGAUGACUUGACUGUUACGACCUUUGGAGACCAACGAUAAAUAUCUUAAUCGCAUUUUAGAGAAAAGCAGUAAAGACACAAC